AUGGUGCAUGACGAUCAGUCCGCUAUACCGCUGCAAGAACAGCAGAAGGAGCUGCUCCGUUCGCAACAGCAGAAUCAUCAGACUGAAGUCCCCUCAGUGAUUGAGAUCAUGUCCACGAUGCCAACCGAGGAAAUGACAUGGAGGUACUUCCAGGACCAGAAGCGUAUUGUCGAUUUCGUACUGGCAUUCAAUAGUCAGACCGUUACUGAUACGGACCAGAUCGCGUACGCCAAGCGCAUGCUUUUCCAACAGAACCUUGAGCAAGAAGGUUUGCAAAUCGAGACGGAGAGCUGCCAACGGAUACACUUUGUGAAGAUUCACGUCCCGGAACAGGUGCUGUCGCAAUACUGCGAGUUCCUGAAGACUAAGAUGCCGAUGAAAAAGCUAGCGAAUCAGGACAAGAUCAUCAUACGGGAUUUCAGCAUCCAGAGCAUGUUAGACUGGCUGUUCUGCUGGUCGCUACGUAACUCCAACCGCAUCCACCAGGACAUUUUCAAGUCAUCCGAGUACCGGCUGCUGUACGAGUACUCGCGUAAUAAGCCAUACCUGUUCGAUGACCACGACCCAAACUUCUUUACGCCAAGCGUUCGCAUCGCGGUGGUUAACUUCAUUCUUAAACGAACGUCCUUCAGUGACAACCAGAAAAAAAAGAAGUACAUUGGUAUCCAACGGCUUAUUGAAGAUAAGGUGUACCUGGACGCGUACCCGUUACAUGACGGUUGCACCGACGUAAAGUCAAGGUGCCAGCGAACGCUACUGCUGCAGAAGUGGGCUUCGAUCAAAAAGUGUGUCAAGCCGCAGCCCCUCGAUCAUAUCAAGGAAUACUUCGGCGUCAACAUUGCUAUGUACUUCGCCUGGCUCGACUUCUACACUCACAUGCUGAUACCAGCGGCGAUCGCUGGACUGAUAUGCUUCUUCUAUGGAUUAUUCACUUACGGGAAUAACUGGAUGAGCCGGGAAAUCUGCCGUGACGACAGCACAAUUAUGUGCCCUCAGUGCGCCGAGAACUGUGAUUACUGGUAUCUGAACAGCACCUGUACUAUCUCGAAGUUCGCUCACAUUUUCGAUAACGAUAUGACAAUUUUCUUCUCCGUCUUUAUGUCUAUCUGGGCCACCAUUUAUCUGGAAAUGUGGAAAAGGUAUUCGUCGAAGAUACAGCACCGCUGGGGCAUUACCGAGUACAGCUCGAAGCUGGAGCCACCGCGACCCCAGUACCUCGCGCGACUGGCCGACGUAAAAAAGUCGUCGACUUUCAACGUUGUCACCGGUACCCACGAACCGUCACCACCGUUUUGGACCAAAAAGUUCCCCAGUUUUGUCUUCAGCUACUCAGUGAUCUUCCUCUGUAUGUUACUGACCAUUGCCGCCGUAUUCGGUAUCAUCGUGUACCGCAUGUCACUGAUGACCUCGCGCAACAUCUACGGCGUACAAGGUUCGCCGUUAGAGAAGCUUAUUACAUUUCCUGCGGUAACAGCGACCAUCAACCUGGCCUUCUCGACCUUCAUCUCUUGGCUCUACAAGCACGUGGCCGUAUAUAUGACCAACAUCGAGUAUCGGCGAACGCAAACCGAAUAUAACGAAAGUCUCAACCUGAAGAUCUAUCUGUUUGAGUUCGUUAACUAUUAUAGCUCGAUUUUCUACAUCGCGUUGCUGAAGGGCAAGUAUCCCGGCUACCCAGGCAAAUACAGCCAAUUACUUGGCCUGCGACAGGAAAAGUGUAGCCCGGGUGGUUGCUUGAUGGAGCUGUGCAUUCAGUUGGCUAUUAUCAUGAUAGGCAAACAGGCAAUCGCUGCAGUCAAGGAAAACAUCAUUCCGUUCCUAGUGCAAAAGUUCAAGGAGUUCCGAAGCGUUCUCUGCAUCAGGGUGCAAGAUGACGAGCAGUUGAUCUCGUACAAUCAGUGGGCUAAGGACUUCAAUCUUAUCAACUGGAAUGAUCGAACCCUGUUCAAAGAGUACUUAAAAAUGGUCAUACAGUAUGGUUUCAUUACGAUCUUUGUGGUUGCAUUUCCGCUGGGACCACUCUUUGCUCUGCUGAACAACGUGUUGGAGACGCGGCUCGACGCGAGAAAGUUCCUGCUUUACUACAAACGUGCAGUACCUCAGCGUGCACGUGAUCUAGGCAUCUGGUACAAUAUUAUGCACGUUGUCGGGAAGUUGGCAGUCAUCACUAGUGCCUGCAUCAUCGCCUUUUCCUCCAACUUUAUACCUCGGAUGAUGUACAAGCUCACGGUGAGCUCGACAGGCACGCACGAAGGGUUCAUCAACCAUACGCUCGCCUACUUCAACGUGGCCGACUUCGAGGAUAACGUUGCACCUUUAACGAGCAAGUAUUCAAACGUCACCAUCUGCCGAUAUUCGGGUUAUCGGAACCCACCUGACCACGAGCAGCCAUACGAGCUGACCACAAUGUACUGGCAGAUACUUGCGGUACGGGUGGCGUUCGUUGUGAUCUACCAGAACCUGGUUGGCUUCAUGCAGAUCGUGUUGGCGUGGGCUAUCCCGGACGUGCCGGAGUGGCUGCAAGAUCAGAUCAAGCACGAGCGGUAUCUCACGAACGAGCACAUCAUCGAACAGGAAAAGCUGAAGAUGUUGAAUAUUGCUAGCGCUGCCAGCAACAGUGAGAAGUCAUGA